AUGGCCCAAAGAGUUACUUAUCGUCGUCGUUUGGCCUACAACACUCGUAGCAAUAAAACCAGAAUUAUCAAGACUCCUGGAAAUAAAGUGCGCUACUUGCACAUUAAAAAAUUAGGAACCAUUCCUCGAUGUGGUGAUACUGGUGUUCCCUUGCAAGGUAUUCCUGCUUUACGUCCCCGUGAGUUUGCUCGUCUUUCCCACAACAAAAAAACCGUCCAGCGUGCUUAUGGUGGUAAUUUAAGUGCCAAUGCUGUGAAAGACCGCAUUGUUCGUGCCUUUUUGAUCGAGGAACAAAAGAUCGUUAAGCAAAAAUUGAAGCAAUUGGGCGAUAAGAAGUAA